AAAAUUAAUGGGAGCCUGUAAUUCGAAAAAAAAAGAAAAAAAUAUAUCUUAACUAAAUCAAAGUAAAGGUACUCAAGAUUAGGAAAGACAAUAACCUUAAAAUUCAUCAUAUAACCAAUAGUAAAAUAUCGAAUAAUAAAAUUAUAAUCCACCAAAUCAAUUAUAAUAAUUAAAUUCAUCAAAUUACAAUUAACAAUUAGAAGAAGGUGAUCUAGAUCUAUUGAAAGAUGAUAUUUAUGUUUAAAACAUAAAUAAAUCAUUUAAUGAUAUUUAUCAGUUAUUCAAUAAAGUAUUGAAAUUAAUUUAUAGUAGAUGACAUCAGAGUUUGAUUAACUUUCCCAGUUUUUAUUAUCAGGUGCUUAAUAAGAAGUUUAAAUUUGA